AUCUAAUGUGGGUGUCAGCGGGAUUGUGUUCAUUGAGGGAAACCUUUAUUUUUUAACUGUGCGAUGGAGUAGAAGCAGGAGGUUUUCAACCUAGUGACAGUCACAGAGCAGCUCCUACCCCCUCCUCCUUUCUACACCUGCAAACUCUUUUGCUUGGGAUGAAUAUUUAGUGUAAUUACAUCUCAGCUUUGAGGGCUCCUGUGGCAAAUCCCGGAUUCAAAGGUUCCCUGGUUGUGAAGAUAGAUAAGGCAAAUCAUGAAGGCAACUAUCAUCUUUCUCCUGCUUGCACAAGUUUCCUGGGCAGGACCAUUUCAGCAGAGAGGCUUAUUUGACUUUAUGCUAGAAGAUGAAGCUUCUGGGAUAGGCCCAGAUGUGCAACUUCCUGAUGUCCAUGAAUUAGAGCCCCUGGGACCAGUGUGCCCCUUCCGCUGUCAAUGCCAUAUUCGAGUUGUCCAGUGCUCUGACUUGGGUCUGGACAAAGUGCCAAAGGACCUUCCCCCUGACACAACACUGCUGGACCUACAAAACAACAAAAUAACCGAAAUCAAAGAUGGAGACUUUAAGAACCUGAAGAACCUUCAUACAUUGAUUCUUGUCAACAACAAAAUUAGCAAAAUCAGCCCUGGAGCAUUCACACCUUUGGUGAAAUUGGAACGACUUUAUAUGUCUAAGAAUCAGCUGAAGGAAUUGCCAGAAAAAAUGCCCAAAACUCUUCAGGAGCUGCGUGUCCAUGAGAACGAGAUCACCAAAGUACGGAAAUCUGUUUUCAGUGGACUGAACCAGAUGAUCGUCAUAGAACUGGGCACCAACCCGCUGAAGAGCUCAGGAAUUGAAAAUGGAGCCUUUCAAGGAAUGAAGAAGCUCUCCUACAUCCGCAUUGCUGACACCAACAUAACCUCCAUCCCUCAAGGUCUUCCUGUUUCCCUUACUGAACUACAUCUUGAUGGCAACAAAAUCACCAAAGUUGAUUCAAGUAGCCUGAAAGGACUGAAUAAUUUGGCUAAAUUGGGACUGAGUUUCAACCACAUUUCUGCUGUCGACAAUGGCUCUCUGUCCAACGCACCUCACUUGCGGGAGCUUCACUUGGACAACAACAAGCUUAUCAAAGUGCCUGGUGGGUUGGCGGAUCACAAGUAUAUCCAGGUUGUCUACCUUCAUAACAAUAACAUCUCUGCAGUUGGAACUAAUGACUUCUGCCCACCUGGAUACAACACCAAAAAGGCUUCUUACUCAGGUGUGAGCCUUUUCAGCAACCCAGUACAGUACUGGGAGAUCCAGCCAGCCACCUUCCGAUGUGUCUAUGUGCGCUCUGCCAUUCAACUCGGAAACUACAAAUAACUCCCAAGAGAGCCCUAAAUUUUAUAACCUGGCAAAAUCCCAUUAAUGUCAUUGCUAAAGAAAAAAGGAAAGCUAGAUACUGGAAACCUAACUGCAAUGUGGAUGUUUUCCCCACAUGACUUAUGCAUAAAGCCAAAUAUGCAGUUUAAAUAAUUGCCUAAUAAAAAAUUAUUUUGCCUGCCAUUUUCAGAAUCCUUUUUUGGAGCUUUGUUGAUAUUAACUGAGCUACUACAAAUAUUCUUAUAUCACUAAAAUGUAUAACUUGGAGUGAAUGUGUAUAUGUCAACAAUUUGUUAAAACUGUUUCAUUUUUAAGUUUUAGAAGGAAUUAAAAGAAUAUCAAUCUUUUGUAAUUUAUAGGGCAGUUAACUCCUUUCACAUAGAGUCAAACAUUAAAUGCUAGCUCUGUAUUAAUCCCCCUUAUUACUGGUAAAGCCUCAUUUGAAUGUGUUAAUUCAAUACAAGCUAUAUUAAAUUUUUGCUAUGUCAUUAUUUUGGAAAAAAAUAAAUUCAAAAGUACAUU